UUCCGUGUUGUAUUCAGGUUUUGGUUUUAUUUCGUAAGUGGAAUUCCUUUGGUGAGUUCCAGUAGAUCUUUAGGCCCCUUAAAUCAGACCCUAAAAUGGUUGUACCCAGAACACGACUAAUAUAUUUCAUAAAGUUUUUGUUUACUACAGGUUUAUUGUUAAAAACAACCCUAACGUUGAACAAGAAACCUAACCUUUCCGUGAUUCUCUUACCUACCAUACCAGACUUCAUAUGCAACUGAUCAGAUACGGCCAAGUAUUGGGAAAAUGGCUCAUGUAAUCAAAGAAGUUUCUUUGUUGUGUGUAACUUUUCAGAACACAACAGGAAUUGAAAAUGAAUCAGAACGCCACCGAGCCUGUCGCAGCUGCUGAGAGCCUGGCUGAGGUGCCUGAACAUGUGCUUCGAGGACUUCCGGAGGAAGUGAGGCUUUUCCCAUCUGCUGUUGACAAGACUCGGAUUGGUGUCUGGGCCACUAAACCAAUUUUAAAAGGCAAAAAGUUUGGGCCAUUUGUUGGUGAUAAGAAAAAAAGAUCUCAGGUUAAGAAUAAUGUGUACAUGUGGGAGGUGUAUUACCCAAAUUUGGGAUGGAUGUGCAUUGAUGCCACCGAUCCAGAGAAGGGAAACUGGCUGCGGUAUGUGAAUUGGGCUUGCUCAGGAGAAGAGCAGAAUUUGUUUCCGCUGGAAAUCAACAGGGCCAUUUACUAUAAAACUUUAAAGCCAAUCGCGCCGGGCGAGGAGCUCCUGGUCUGGUACAAUGGGGAAGACAACCCCGAGAUAGCAGCUGCGAUUGAGGAAGAGCGAACCAGCGCCCGGAGCAAGCGGAGCUCCCCGAAAAGCAGGAAAGGGAAGAAAAAAUCCCAGGAAAGUAAAAACAAAGCAAACAAAGCUGAAGACACACCCCUGAAGACAAGCGAGCCAGAUUCUGCUUCUGCAAAUAUGAGAGAUUCUGCGGAAGGUAAGCUUCGAAGUUGGACUUGUUCGGGUCCCAAAGAGGACGAGAAGCCUUCGGCCUCAACAGCUGAGCAGACCGCCGUUCUUCAGGAAGCGGUUAGUCAGGAUGUGCUUCCAGAACCGGUAGUCUCCCCCACUGCCUGCGCGCCCCACGCGGAACCCGAGGAGACGCCGGAAGCAGCGAACUGUGAGGUGAACGAUCUGGAGGAAGAGGAGGAGGAGGAAGACGAUGAAGACGAUGAGCUGGAAGAAGAGGGGGAGGAAGAAGCUGACACGCCGAAUGAAAGUCCUGUGAAAGAGCCAGAAAUUCGGUGUGACGAGAAGCCUGAAGAUUUGUUAGAGGAACCAAAAAAUGUUUCGAGAGACGCUCUCGAAGGCUCUCCAGGGCUGACGCCUGUUAGCCGAACUCCCAAAACUAAGGAAGAGGCCAAUGGUGAUAUGUUUGAAACGUUUAUGUUUCCGUGUCAGCAUUGUGAAAGGAAGUUUACGACCAAGCAGGGGCUUGAACGCCACAUGCACAUCCACAUAUCCACCGUCAACCACGCCUUCAAGUGCAAGUACUGCGGGAAGGCGUUCGGCACCCAGAUCAACAGGCGGAGGCACGAGCGGCGCCACGAGGCGGGGCUGAAGCGCAAGCCCGGCCUCACGCUCCAGCCGUCGGAAGACCCGGCUGAUGGCAGAUCGUCCGGAGACAGCGUUGCUCCAAAGGACGACUCGACUCCUCCCGGUCUCGGGCAAGACUCUCUGCUCUUGCGUCCAGAGAAGGCUCCGCAAGAAAACGUCGGUUCUUCUGUUGCAGAAGAGAAUGGGGAAGUGAAGGAGCUUCAUCCGUGCAAAUACUGUAAGAAGGUCUUCGGGACGCAUACCAACAUGAGGCGGCAUCAGCGCAGAGUCCACGAACGCCAUCUGAUUCCCAAGGGCGUGCGGCGGAAAGGGGGCCUCCUGGAGGAGCCGCACCCUCCCGCGGAGCAGGCCCCGCCCGCCCAGAGUGUCUACGUGCCCAGCACGGAGCCCGAGGAGGACGGGGAGGCCGACGACGUGUACAUCAUGGACAUCUCCAGCAACAUCUCUGAAAACUUAAAUUUCUACAUCGAUGGCAAAAUUCAGACCAGCAGCAGCACGAGUAACUGUGACGUGAUUGAGAUGGAGUCCGGUUCGGCCGACUUGUACGGUAUCAAUUGCCUGCUUACUCCGGUCACGGUGGAAAUCACUCAGAAUGUAAAGGCCACACAGGCCCCCGUAGCCGACGAUCUUCCUAAAGAGCCUUCCAGCAGCACAAACAGUGAGUCCAAGAAACGGAGAACGGCGAGUCCUCCCGCGCUCCCUAAAAUCAAAGCCGAGACGGAGUCUGAGCCCUCGGUGCCCGCGUGUUCCUUGCUGCCUCUCAGCAUAUCAACUUCGGAGGCGGUGUCUUUCCACAAAGAGAAGAGUGUGUACCUGUCGUCGAAGCUCAAACAACUGCUUCAAACCCAGGACAAACUAACGCCUCCGGGCAUUUCGGCCACGGAAAUACCGAAGUUAGGUCCCGUUUGCGUGUCUGCUCCCGCGUCGAUGCUGCCCGUGACCUCGAGUAGGUUUAAGCGGCGGACCAGCUCUCCCCCCAGUUCCCCACAACACAGUCCUGCCCUCCGAGACUUUGGAAAGCAAAGUGAUGGCAAAGCGGUGUGGACCGAUGCCGUUCUGGGUUCCAAAAAACCCAAAUUAGAAAGUCAUAGCAACUCACCAGCGUGGAGUUUGUCUGGGAGAGAGGAGAGAGAAACGGUGAGCCCGCCGGGCUUUGAUGAAUACAAAGUGUCUAAGGAGUGGGCAGCCGGCCCUACUUUCAGCAAUGUGUGCAACCAGCAGCCGCUGGACUUAUCCAGCGGUGUCAAACAGAAGGCCGAGGGCACAGGCAAGACCCCGGUCCAUUGGGAAUCUGUAUUAGACCUCAGUGUGCAUAAGAAGCCUUGUAGUGACUCUGAAGGCAAGGAGUCGAAAGAAAACCAUCUGGUGCAGCCAGCCUGCAGUGUCACAAAGAAAAAGAAGCCAACCACCCGCAUGCUGCAGAAGGUUCUUCUCAACGAGUACAACGGCGUCGAUUUACCCGCAGAGAAUGCUGCAGACGUGACCCGGAGCCCGAGUCCUUGUCAAUCCCUGGAUCCCCAGCCAGACUCUGGCCUCGGCCCUGACGCUGGUUUAUCGGCCCCUGUGGUCGAGUCCCCACCUGAUGUCUCUCCUUCCUCGCCUGCCCUGCAGACAUCUUCCCUUUCUGCCGGGCAGCUGCCUCCUCUCUUGAUCCCAACGCAUCCCUCUUCCCCCCCGGCCUGUCCUCCUGUGUUGACUGUUGCCACGCCACCCCCUCCACUCCUUCCUACUGUCCCUCUUCCGGCCUCCUCUUCUGGGGCGUCUCCCCGUCCGUGUCCCUCUCCGCUCUCGAAUGCUACCGUGCAGUCGCCGCUUCCCAUUCUGUCCCCUACGGUGUCCCCCUCGCCAUCUCCCAUCCCUUCAGUGGAACCUCUCACGUCUGCUGCUUCGCCCGGACCCCCGACCCUUUCCUCAUCUUCUUCCUCGUCUUCUUCCUCAUCUUCGUUCUCCUCUUCUUCCUCCUCCUCUUCCCCCUCGCCGCCGCCACUCUCGGCAGUGUCAUCCGUUGUUUCCUCUGGGGAUAAUCUGGAAGCUUCUCUCCCCAUGAUAACUUUCAAGCAGGAGGAACUAGAGAAUGAAGAGCUGAAGCCCAGGGAAGAGCCCCAGUCUGCAGUUGAGCAGGAGAUUGUUCAGGAAACGUUCAACAAAAACUUUGUCUGCAAUGUCUGUGAAUCACCUUUUCUUUCCAUUAAAGAUCUAACCAAACAUUUAUCUAUCCAUGCUGAAGAAUGGCCCUUCAAAUGUGAAUUUUGUGUGCAGCUCUUUAAGGCUAAAACUGAUCUGUCAGAACAUCGCUUUUUGCUUCAUGGAGUUGGGAAUAUCUUUGUGUGUUCGGUUUGUAAAAAAGAGUUUGCUUUUUUGUGCAAUUUGCAGCAGCACCAGCGAGAUCUCCACCCAGAUAAGGUGUGCACACACCAUGAGUUUGAGAGCGGCACGCUCAGGCCCCAGAACUUCACAGAUCCCAGCAAGGCCCACGUAGAACAUAUGCAGAGUUUGCCGGAAGACCCCCUAGAAACCUCGAAAGAAGAAGAAGAAUUAAAUGAUUCCUCUGAAGAGCUCUACACGACCAUAAAAAUAAUGGCUUCUGGAAUAAAGACAAAAGACCCAGAUGUUCGACUGGGUCUCAAUCAACAUUACCCAAGCUUUAAGCCACCUCCAUUUCAGUACCAUCACCGAAACCCCAUGGGGAUCGGCGUGACGGCCACAAAUUUCACUACGCACAAUAUCCCGCAGACUUUCACCACUGCCAUUCGCUGCACAAAGUGUGGGAAGGGCGUAGACAACAUGCCAGAGUUACACAAACACAUCCUGGCAUGUGCCUCUGCUAGUGACAAGAAGAGGUACACGCCUAAGAAAAACCCAGUCCCCUUGAAACAGACUGUGCAGCCCAAGAACGGCGUGGUGGUUUUCGAUAACUCGGGGAAAAACGCCUUCAGACGGAUGGGACAGCCCAAGAGGCUGAACUUCAGUGUCGAGCUCAGCAAGAUGUCCUCGAACAAGCUCAAGCUAAAUGCAUUGAAGAAGAAAAACCAGCUUGUCCAGAAAGCAAUCCUGCAAAAAAACAAAUCUGCAAAGCAGAAGGCCGACCUAAAAACCGCCUCCGAGUGCUCCUCGCACAUCUGCCCGUACUGUCACAGAGAGUUCACGUACAUCGGGAGCCUGAAUAAGCACGCCGCUUUCAGCUGCCCCAAAAAACCGCUUUCUCCUUCCAAAAAAAAAGCUGCCCAUUCAUCCAAGAAAGGUGGACACCCGUCACCUGCAAGUAAUGACAAAAACAAUAGCGGCCACCGCAGGCGGACCGCGGACGCCGAGAUCAAGAUGCAAAGUGUCCAGGCACCCCUUGGCAAGACCAGGGCGCGCAGCUCAGGCCCGGCACAAGUCCCGCUGCCCUCGUCGGCCUUCAGGUCCAAGCAGAAUGUCAAGUUCACGGCUUCGGUGAAGUCCAAAAAGCCAAGCUCCUCCUUAAGGAACUCAAGCCCCAUAAGAAUGGCCAAAAUAACCCACGGCGAGGGGAAAAAACCCAAAGCUGUGGCCAAGAGUCAUUCUGCUCAGCUCGCGAGCAAGACGUCCCGGAGCCUGCACGUGAGGGUACAGAAGAGCAAAGCCGUCUUGCAGAGCAAAUCCGCUCUGGCCAGUAAGAAAAGAACAGACCGGUUCGAUGUAAAAUCUAGAGAACGGAGCGGGGGGCCAGUCACCCGGAGCCUCCAGCUGGCAGCUGCUGCCGAGCCGGGCGACAGCAGGAGGGAGGAUGGUGGUGGCAAGCAGGAGCUGAAGGACUUCAGCUACAGUCUCCGCCUGGCGUCCCGGUGUCCUCCUCCAGCCGCCCCGUACAUCACCAGGCAGUGUAGGAAUGUCAAGGCGACGGCUGCAGCCCAGUUCCAGGGACCCCUCUUCAAAGAGUAGACACUUCGCCUGCUCCCUGACAGCACCUGAAGUGACCUGGAGUCAGUGAAGCCAAAGGGACCGGCUGGCCCUCUGCCCCGCAGGGAGUACCGACCUAUUCCAGUUUUACGAGCCUGCGAGAGAAAGGGAGGGAGUGUGUGCGUGCGUGGGUGUGCGUGUGCGGUCUUCAGACGAGGGUCCCAAACCCCAGGGAGGCAGGAAGGCAGCUGACUCCACAGCGUGGACGACACGUGGGUGCAGCCCCUGGGACCGUGUUCUGCAGCUCAGCCUUCCUGCUGGGGUGGGGCCUCUCCUACUAUGCAAUUUUUCAAGAGCUCCUUGAUCCUGCUUUUUGCUUUCUCGAGUUGUCUUUUGCCAUGGCGGGGACUGUGGUCUGGCUCAGGGGUCAGUUCUAGGCCUGUCCGAGGAAGGCCUUCAGGAGGAGGCCGAGUCUCCUUUCUCACCGCCCCACCUUCCCUAGCCUUCCAACGUCUCUGGGAAUCAACGGCGUGUAGACACGUCAGAGCCUUGCUGUCGACCCCCUUGGCCUGCGCACUUCGAAAACCCCCCUUCUUUGCCUGAGCUGCUGGCUUGAGUCGUUUCCAGAUUCGAAAUUCUAGUCAGUCCCUGGGCAUCUGGGAGAGAAGUCCCCGUCCCCAUUUGCAGACCUGGUUGCCCCCUUGGGAGAGGCAGGGGAUGGGACAGCAUGUGGCAGGAGGGGGAGGUGUCCUCAGUGCUUCUUUGCCUCACUUGGGACCAUCAACACGUUAGCGACUGACCUUCCCGAAUUAGCUGAAAAGGGAAACAAACAAAAAUUGGGAAAUGAAGAUAAGCGGGAGGAUUAAGAAGCACAGGGGGAAGAAGAAGAGAUUUCUAGAGGCCACCAGUCGCCUGCCAGGGAACGAUGGAGCUGGCCCCUGCUUUGUGCAGGGACAGCCCAUGUCUCGGAGAAACGGGUGAGCUGAGCUAGGAGUUUGGACCCAGUUCAGUGAGGGUCUUGGGUUUUGUGCCUUUGGGGCAGACCCCAGACACGGAUGUCUGAGACCACUCUGGCGCUGUUUUCUCAGCUCCGUUUUCAGCAGUGAUGUAUCAGACCCACAGUGGAAGGAGAGAACUUGGGAGAACAUGAGUGGUCACACACAAAAAGGGACUUUUUUGUUUUCCCCCAGGGCUACUAUGGUUGAUCUUGCAACUCUGUAAAUAUGUACGUAGACACUUUUAAAAGCACGUAUUUAUGUCCCUGACUGUAAAUGCCCCCUUUUUAAAGUUUUAUAACUUGUGUUAUUUAAUUACUCAGUCGACUGGCUGCAGCGUAGGGUCUGAUCAUGGUCCGGGAGAAAGGUCUCACGAGAUCCUCACAUGGACAGAAAAGUGCCGAUGGCUGGCCUGCAUCCCAGUUUUCCAUUUGCCACCCAGCUACACACCAUUGUUUGUUGUAAAUUCCCAUAAGCUGGAAUCCUUUUGCCCACUCCUAAAAUUAACCCUCACAAGCAUGGAAAGCUGUGGCUGUUCCUUAUCCUCACGAUACGAUUUUGUCCCAUCAAUGUCGACACUCAUCUUCUCCGUUCUGGAAGGUUUCCCCUUUCAGCAGCAAGGAAGGCUCACGAACCCAAAGCUUCGAAAGUUCACCUUCAGCCGAUGGUGAAUUCCAGGAAAUGUCGCUGGGGGCUGGGGGCCACUCGUUUUUGCAUGUGCAAAAGUGCCGGUCAGCUUUCCACCCUCUCAGACUAGUGGAAAGGGUUACACGAGUGUUCCGAUCGCGACAACGGGGUGGUCUUCUAAAGAGUGGUGUUUGCUGGUCAGUGGUGGUUUUGGGGCGUGGGUUUGGAUCACGGAAGAGGACAGUUCUGUAUCUGCCAUGUGAAGAAAAGUAACAAUAAAAGUGUGAAGCGCGAUUGUAAGGAACAA